AAGCCUCACCCUCAUCCUCACCCCCACCCCCGUCCCCACCCUGUGCCCAUGCCCGCGCCCAUUCAUGAGAGCCCCAAAUAUGAUGCUGCCUCGGCUCCCUACCCCCACCGUCCUGAAUACCCGAUCACUCAGCCUGAGCCCACAUAUGCUCCUGCUUCCAUUCCCCUACCACAGUAUGUUGCUGCCCCUGAGCCUGAGUGCGACACCAUCCCAAUUCCUGCGCCGACCCCUGCCCCCUCCCACUCGACCAGGUACCCGGCUGUUCUCUACCCGGUGAGCCUGCCGACUAUCUACUCGACUGCCACUGCAACCCUGACAGUUAUUCCCAUGCCUACGACCAUUACUAGGUCAUUCACCGACACCACGUCAGUUUGCAUGCCAACUACUCAGACCGACACCUCAUUGACCACGAUCUACCAAAGCAUCCCAACCACAACCACGACCACUGAUGUCUACAUUCGUACCAGCACUGUCACUUCGACUGUCACUGCAACAACUACCUCCACAGCUAUCGUCACCAAUGUGUCCAGCAUCACAAUCACCUGCCCGAACCCCCCGGUCAUUAUUCCCACCACUAUCAUUUCGACAUCCCAUUACACUGAGACCCUGAUCAGCCAGAUCUUCCACACUGCUACUGAGCAGGUCACUGACACCAAGACUAAGUAUGCUACAUGCUGGGAUACUGUCGUCGAGUGCUGCCCUGUCACCGUCUGCCAGCACAUGUGCGACACCUACUACUACACCUGCACAAAGACCUGCAUUGACUACUCGAUGGUCACUGUCGAGCGCCCCUGCACUGAGUAUGUGCCCUCCCAAGUGUAUGUGACUAAUACCGCAUACCAAACAAUCACUCUGUGCCAGCCUGUCACUGUCACCACCCCUGUCACUGACUAUGAUACCAUUUUCCAGAUCGUUACUGUUAACCACACUGCCACUGUGACCAAGCCCGUUCUGGUUGUCCAGAACAUCUGCACCGACGCAUACAUACCUCCCCCCCCUCCCCCUCCCCCUGCCUACGGCGCCGCCCCUGCUGCGGCCCCUGCUUCCUUUGGUAUCAUCUCCAACUACCAGUUCACCCCUGAUCCCUAUGCCAACGCUGAUAACGAGGAGCUCGAUGUCGAUGCUACUACUGCCCCCCGCCAUAUUAUCAAAAAGACCGCUAAGCGUGUCUCUACUCUGAACAAGCCCAAGCCGCAGAUCAGAGUCAAAGAGUCUGCCCAUGCCGAUAUUGUCCGCCGCAAGGCCUAAUUGAUCGUAAAUGAAGGACAUGCUUGUUUUUCGGGUAAACUUUUGUUUCCACCAUUAUUUUUUUACUCGUUAAUUUUUGUUUGUUAGUUUUUCGUUAUAUUGUUUUCCAUCUCUUUUUUCACCAGUAUGUUG